AUGGAACACAAAGCUAGCACUGCGCGAAGUGACCUGGAGCAGAUGUUAGUCGAUGAAACCGCACUGCCCAAGGCCCUACCACUAUCACUUUUGGAGGAAAUCACAGAUGAUUUCUCUAAUGAGCAGGAGAUUGGACGUGGUGGAUUUGCAGUGGUUUAUAAGGGAAUACUUGGCGAUAGGGCGAUCGCCGUGAAGAGGCUGUCCAAAGCUUAUAUGCAUGAAAGAGAAUUUCAUAGAGAGGUUCGAUGCCUGAUGCGGGUAACGCACAAAAAUGUUGUAAGAUUUCUGGGAUAUUGUGCUGACACCCAAGGAAGCAUGAAACGGUACGACGGAGAACUUGUCAUGGCAGAUGUGCGACAAAGAUUGCUUUGCUUCGAGUAUAUACCUAAAGGGGGUCUUGAUAAGUAUAUCAUGGAUGCAAAUCGUGAGUGGACAACAUGCUAUAAAAUAAUUAAAGGGAUUUGUGAGGGUCUACAGUACCUUCAUGAGAAGCAUAUUAUUCACUUGGAUCUUAAACCGGCCAAUAUAUUGCUUGAUGACAACAUGGUGCCGAAAAUCACUGAUUUUGGCUUAUCAAGAUGCUUCAACGAAAAUCAAAGCCGGGAUAUUACCAAAACUAUCUUAGGAACAAUGGGAUAUUUGGCACCAGAACUUCGUGAAGGGGGUGUAAUUGCACGCAGCGAUGACUUGUAUAGUCUUGGUGUUAUCAUCAUAGAAGUACUGACCGGACAGAAGGGCUAUCAAGCGACCGAGGAUGUACUUGAAAGUUGGAGUGAUAGGCUGGAGAGAUCACAGCGAGACACACUAUCAGAACAAAUACGAGUAUGCUACAAGAUAGCUUUAGAAUGCAGAGACUUCAAUCCAAAAAAGAGACCAGCUAGUGCACGUGAUAUACUUGACAGGCUUCACGAAUUGGAGAGUAUCCAGGUAUGUUCAAAUUUUGAGAGUUUAUAA